ACCGCCGGUCUCGUCAGAUUCGCUGACAGAAGGAGCAGUCGACGACCUCCCUCUAAACUACCCCGGCCCCAAAAUAAACACCGAGAGAAAACAGCGGAUCUUCCGCAGCGGGACGGGAAAUGGAUAACAGCAAACGGACCGUGGUCGUCACAGGUUUUGGGCCAUUUGGAGAGCACACCGUCAAUGCCAGCUGGGAAGCAGUGCAGGAACUGAAGAAACUUGGCCUGGGCAGUGAAGUAGACUUGCAUGUGUACGAGGUUCCUGUCGAGUACCAGACCGUCCAGAGUUUGGUGCCUUCGUUGUGGAAGCAGUAUCAUCCACAGCUGGUCGUCCACGUCGGAGUCUCAGGCAUGGCCACCACUGUCACGUUGGAGAAGUGUGGCAGAAAUCAUGGCUACAAGGGCCUGGACAACAGCAGCUUCUGCCCCGAUUCCCAGUGCUGCGUUGUGGGAGGCCCCGACUGCAUCAACUCCGUUAUUGACAUGGAAUCAGUCUGCAAGAGGGUGACGGCGUCGGGGCUGGGUGUAGCCGUGUCCGUCUCAAAAGACGCCGGAAGGUAUCUCUGUGAUUUCACCUACUACACGUCCCUGUAUCUGAGCCGCGGCCAUUCUGCCUUCAUUCACGUGCCUCCGCUCGGGAAGCCUUACAGCAGGGAGGACCUGGGCCGCGCCCUGCAGGCCAUCGUCCAGGAGAUGCUGGAGCUCCUGGACCAGGCCGAGGAGAAGAUCCACUGCCAGCAGCACUUCCACUAAGUGACCUCCAGACGCCGACCAGCCUCUCCAGCCCUCACCACACAAGAGAAAUUGCACUUAACCACAAGUAGCCAAACUUCUUCAAUUACUCUUAUUAUUAUUUUUUUUAACUGUUGUCUUUUUCGUGGACGCGAUGAGUCUUGAUUAUUCCUUAGCGUUGGGUCUUUCUAGUGUAUGUUUAUGUUCCUUUUUGGUAUCGGUUUCUCAGUUUAGUUACUUUUGAAUGUCUCCCAAUGGUGAGAAGAUAAAAAGGUGGGAGUCUGAAGACAACAUGUAAUGUAAAGCUUGUAUCCCAGUUCCAAGAAAUAUAAAACAUUUUGAGUUUGGAGUUUAAAAUACGGAGGUAAAAAAAAGCUAAGAAUACACCCAAGCAAUAUGUUGCUUGUUUGGCCCUGUGCAGAGCUGGUAUUAACAUGAAGAUAAUAAUUAUUAGUCACUGCCUUAAUGUUAGUUAUUAUAGAGACCUGUGCAAAGCAUAGAUUAUAACCUGGACUACCACCAUUAGUAAUAUCGAAGUAAUUAUUAUUUAAAUUAACACCUACAAGGACAAGAUCAUUUAAAAGGCUCACAUUACUUAUGAGCAGACAACACUUAAGGGGCUUUUUGGUUAAUGCCCUGUGUGUCUAUGCUUCUAAACCACUUCCAUGUGGUGUCCUCACCUCAGAUGCGUUCUGUCUUUGUUGUCUUCAUGUUAAAACCACGUCUAAACGGGAGCUAGUUGUUCACGAGCACAUACGAGUCUGUAACGGAGCAGAUUUUCCAACAUAUAACCCCAAGCGUGCCUCCUAUUAAUGCACCUUAUAGGGUUAGGGUUAUUGAAAUGGUUAUAGAAGGCACAUUUGGGGAAUCAUAAUGUUUCUUCUUAGUUUUCAAGUUGUACUUUUUAGUUUGUUAAAAAUGUUUCAGUUAGUGAGGUGGUUAAUUUACUUAACACAGCAUGAGUUUAAGUCGUUUAGCGGUGAACCUUGUUUACUUAUUUCUUUUGACUUCACGUAUGUUGAUCCACGUGCUCUAAAGCCUACCUGUGCUCUUCCACGUUUGAUGUUGAAUUGUUUCUGGAGUCCUUUUUUUUCUUUAUAAGAAGUUGUAAAUUUGCCUUCUUUUACAAAGGUUAUUUAAAUCAGGGAACGGGUUGGUUCCAGCUCAUAUUUCCCCAUUUUGUUUUCGAAUUCAGCCCAAUUCUGACAGAAAAAACCCUCCCAAAUUCACCCCACCUCUGAGAUCUGGCCCCAGGCUGUGCAAUGUUAUUUUACAGAUCUCACGCAUCGUAUUAAUAAGAAAAAUAAUAUUAAUAUUCUACCACUGCUGCACAACUGUUUGAAAAUGAAUAAUUUAACAACAAAAAAAUUUCUUUUUAAGGAAUUAACCGACACGUGAUCUCAAAUUCAGUUCAAGACCAGAUUUUUCUUUUUUUUUCAUGGUUGUGCAGCCCUCUGUCUUAUCACUUAAUUAAAGCUUUCCGUCGUUCCCUUCAUUGAAUCAGAUAAAGCUGCUUAUUUUAUCCAAGAAUUUGAUUUGAUGAUGUUGGACUCUUACGUUCAGUCAGAGUUGGGCCCUGGAUUUUUAUUUCUGUAGCACUUUCUCUCUCUUUUGUUUUUGUUUGUAUUUUAGUUUUACUCGGUCUGAACUUUGGACAGCGUCUCUCAAGCAAUGUGAAAUCCGUGUGUUUUAUAUUUUUGAUUUUCAGUCACUUAAACUUGAAAUAUGUAGCUUUUCCACACACACACACACACACACACACACACACAUUUUUAACCUUUUUCUCCCAGCAAAUCUAAUGCUGUAAGAUUUAUUGGUGCGUUGUGCUUUUUUUUUUCCUCAGCUUUACUUUGUUUUGACCUGUUUCAACAAAGCGCAUCCUUCAUUUUGUCUGUGACUGUUACACCCGCAUGAGUAUAUGCUCCGUUUUAUGGCUUUUUUUUAUCGGAUUGUCUUGAGGUUUUAUCGUGUGGAUGGCGGGUGUCUCCCUGAAUGCUGGCCUACACCAUCAAACGCAACAACAAUUCGAUCAAUAUCGAUACACAGGAUGAUUCAGAACCCUGUGUACCCUCACCAGAACUGUUUGUGGGAAACAUAGAUGUAGUUUUUAACUGUUGUAGUUAGUCUUAGGGGUACUGUUUAUGGUGUUGCAGCAUUGCGUUGGUGCCACUGGGUGAAUUCUCACACCGUUUUACAACAAAUUAGUAUCUGGGGGCACUGAGCAGAUCAUAAGCACAGUUUUCUCUUAGCUUUUGUCAUAAACUUUGAUUCAAACAUCUCUGCUGGGACUGAUCACCAGGUCCCAGCUUUUGAUUUUUACUUCUGUUACCGUUUGGCUACAUGAGUGCUGAGACGUGACAGAGUUUUUGUAAGAGCCGCCUUCAGAAUAUCUGCUCACAAGAGUGAAAGCCACAAGUUUACAUACGAGGUGACCUCUGACCCCGACUCUCCUGUGCCUUGCUGUUGUUCAUGUGUGCUGUGAAAAAAAAGGCCUUACCAGUGGGUCAGUUCAAAGAUGUGUUUCUGAUGCUGUCCAGUCAGAUGUGUGGCUACCUCAAAGAUCCUUUUUUUUUUUUUAUCUCGGUGUGUGCUCUGUACACUAACAUCAUGAUUUAUUGCAAUAUACUGUGUUUUAAGAAGAACCCUCUGAAGGUUUUCUUCUUUUGCUUGAGUAACAAAGCACUGUCAGAGUGAGUGAUGUCAGCUUUGUAAAAGGAAAGGCUUUGAAAUAAAGAAUAUUAAAAGAUUACAA